UGUCUAUCUGUGUUAAUGGUCUAGUGUGUGACGAACCUUUCUGUGAAGUCAUGCAUUGUGUCUGUCUGUCAUCACCAGGAUGGAAACUCUGCACUGAUGAUGGCUGCCAGGGAGGGUAGGACUGAAGUAGUUUCACUGCUACUAGAGGCUGGAGCUAACACUGACCUACAGAAUAAGAAUGGAUACUCUGCACUGAUGAUGGCUGCCAGGGAGUGGUAGGACUGAAGUUGUUUCACUGCUACUAGAGGCUGGAGCUAACACUGACCUACAGAAUAAGGUAGUAUCAUGUAUGAGGGGGUGUGGUGGUUCUACUGUGUGAGGCGUACAUCAUCUAGCUGUGUUAAUGGUCUAGUGUGUGACGAACCUUUCUGUGAAGUCAUGCAUUGUGUCUGUCUGUCAUCACCAGGAUGGAGACUCUGCACUGAUAAUGGCUGCCAGGAGGGUAGGACUGAAGUUGUUUCACUACUGGUGAAGGCUGGAGCUAACACUGACCUGCAGAAUAAGGAUGGAGACUCUGCACUGAUGAUGGCUGCCAGGGAGGGUAGGACUGAAGUAGUUUCACUGUUACUAGAGGCUGGAGCUAACACUGACCUACAGAAUAAGGAUGGAUACUCGGCACUUAUGAUAGCUGCCAGCAGUUGCAGUAAGACAGUUCCCAUGCUAGUAAAAGCUGGUGCUGCACUGGACCUGCAGAACAAGGAAGGAGACACAGCUGUGAUCAUGGCUACACUGAGGUACCAUUUGCCAGUGUCGAAGGAGUUGGUCAGAGCUGGAGCUGACCUCAACCUACAGAACCAGGAGGGGUUGACGGCCCUGAUGAUAUCCUCAAGAUCUGGUAGAACUGAUCUCACAGAGAUACUGCUGUCAGGAGAGAUCAUCUCUCUUGAUAUUCAGAGUGUCAAUUGGAUGGUCGGCUCUGUUCUUUUGCUGUUGACACGGAGAUGCAGCAACAACGAAAUUACUGCUUAAGGCAGGGGCUGACCCUUUUCUUCGAGGCCAAGGGCUUACAGCUAUGGAUGUUGCUUCUGCUAACGCCCCUGCCCCUUCUUUGUCAGAACUCUGAGUGCUGAGAGUCGUAGGCACAGAGCUAUGCAUCGCUUCUAAGGAAACACAUGCAGAAACCCCUCAAAACAGAAAGUGUCACAGCAGAUCAUCUCUGGAGCUCCACAAUCAGCAGAAACUGUCUUUGGAGCAAUCAGAAUCAUCUCUUGAAGCCGUCCGCAACUCAGCAGUAUCAUCUCCGUGCAAGGACAAUUCUCGUAAGUGUACAUGAUAAUAUGAGAUCAGAUCGAAAUAUGUUGCAGUACACAAUCGUAUUGCGCAUUACCUCAUGCACUUCAAGAGCUGUUAUGUACAUAAACCUUGCACAUCUCAAAAACAUGAAUGUGUCUAGUACAUAUGUGAUGUGUACAUGUGUCUCCCUGAGUGAAACAGUGCAGCACAUACAUGUACAAAUGUACUGCUGGCUGUGAGAGAGCGAGAGAGAGAGAGAGAGAGAG